GAUUCUGAGGCUCACAAAGCGCCUGCAGCAGCGCGACAGGGGCGCGAUAGCGGCCGUAAAGCAACCUGCUGAGACCACGUGGCCUCCAAAGCGGCUCCCAGCGUCCUUGGAGGUCCUGGGGCUUGCGGGUAAUGGCGAGCCCAGUGCAGGGUGGUGGGACCCGGUCCCUGGAUCUGCUCCGGUCAUUGCCGCGUGUGAGCCUGGCCAACCUAAAGCCCAGUCCCGGCUCCAGGAAACCGGAGAGACGACCAAGAGGUCGGAGGAGAGGUAGAAAAUGUGGCAGAGGCCAUAAAGGAGAAAGGCAAAGAGGAACCAGGCCCAGACUGGGCUUUGAGGGAGGCCAGACUCCAUUUUACCUCCGAAUUCCAAAAUACGGAUUUAAUGAAGGACAUAGCUUCAGACGUCAGUAUCAUCCUUUGAGUCUCAAGAGACUGCAGUAUCUUAUUGAUUUGGGUCGAGUUGAUACUACUGAACCUAUAGACUUAACCCAGCUUGUCAAUGGGAGAGGUGUGACCAUCCAGCCAUUUAAAAGGGACUAUGGUGUCCAACUGGUUGAGGAGGGUGCUGACACCUUCAAGGCGAAAGUUAAUAUUGAAGUACAGUUGGCUUCUGAACUAGCCAUUGCUGCAAUUGAAAAAAAUGGUGGUGUGGUUACUACAGCCUUCUAUGACCCGAGAAGUCUAGAAAUUCUGUGCAAACCUAUUCCGUUCUUUCUGCGUGGACAACCCAUUCCAAAACGAAUGCUCCCACCUGAAGAGCUGGUGCCAUAUUAUACCGAUGCAAAGAACCGAGGUUACCUGGCGGAUCCUGGCAAAUUUCCUGAAGCAAGACUUGAACUUGCCAGGAAGUAUGGUUAUAUUCUACCUGAUAUCACCAAAGAUGAACUUUUCAAAAUGCUCAGAACUCGAAAGGAUCCAAGGCAGAUUUUCUUUGGUCUUGCUCCUGGAUGGGUGGUAAAUAUGGCAGAUAAGAAAAUUCUAAAGCCUGUAGAUGAGGAGCUCCUCAAAUACUAUAGCUCAUGAAUUCCCUUCCAGGAAAGCAGAGUUGUGAAGAUUACCAGAAAAGGGACUGAACCAUGGAUUUCCCAUAUGUAUAGUACUUUUCCAGGGUUGGUGUCAACUGUCAGUGUAAUCAUAUCUCUUUUUGUAAUAUAUUCAUCUAAAAUGAAAAUAAAAUGCAUGAAGCAAGGACUGCAUAGGGGAACUGAGUCUGUGGAUUGUGUCUCAAGAGAUUUAAAUUUGCUGCUUGUCUGUUGAAGGAUGAUUAUAGCUAUUUAAAAAAUAUUUCUAGUUCAUCUUUUCAUGAUCUUUCCUCCAGCCUUUUCUUGUUAUUGUUACAAGCCAGAGUGAAUUUGGUAUUGGUUUUGAUUUCUUAUUUUUUUGGGUGCCGCGGAUUGAACUCUGGUCCUUGCACUUGCAAGGCAGGCGACAGAACCACUGAGCUAAAUCCCUGGCCCUGGAAUGGUAUUGAUUAAUAAGCCUGUUCAUUGAGAUUAGAGCUGAUGGUGAAAAGGUAAUGGCUUCUUUAUUUUUUUGGUACUGGGGAUUGAACUUGAGCCCUUGUACUUGCAAGGCAGGCAGCGGGAACACUGAGCCAAAACCCUGGCCCGGGUAAUGGCUUCUUUUAAUCAGGAGCCUCAGGGAAGCGGGGUUGCCCAGUGUCAGGAUGGAGAAGCCUCAGAGCAAGAUGGAGAGGAUCAGGAAUAUGGACUUAAGCCUGAGGAGUAGCUUCAGAAUUGUGUGAAUAAAUGUGUGUGGGCAAUGACUUUGUUUUUUUGUAUGUGUGUGGUACUAGUGACUAAACCCAGAGCAGCUGAGUGUAUUGCACAGCACUGUGCCCAGUUUAAACUCAGUUAAUGUAAAAGAUUCAGAAGUUAGCAAGGUCAUUUAGCUUUUCCGUGAUAUAUUGUACCUAAAUCUCAUGAAAGCUUUAAUUUACCUUGAGUGAUUUAAAACUGAUCUUUCAAUAAUUCAUUAUAAUUCUUCCCGAGAAAUAAAAUGGUUCCUGGCUGAUUAUUUCUUAA